AUGGAUGAGGAUUCGUCUAUGGUGCCUGAGAACGAUCAGGAUCGGGAGUCUCAGAGCCUUGAGGGAGCCCAAUCUCCUUUGCCUAUGGAGAGGGAGACGCCCCAGCUGAUGAACGACCAAUCACCGGCGGAUGGCGGAUCGGUGCCACCGCUUUCGUGUCCUGACCCGACGAGCUCCCAACCGGCCGCAGCUGUGGGACAGGAGCAGCCGGCGCAAGUGGUUGGUCCGAGGUGUGCACCUGCGUAUUCCGUGGUGGAUGCUUUGAUGGAUAAAAAGGAAGACGGGCCUGGCCCGAGGUGUGGCCACACGCUGACGGCUGUGCCGGCCGUUGGUGAGGAGGGGACGCCUGGUUACAUUGGUCCUCGCCUUGUGCUGUUUGGUGGUGCGACGGCCCUUGAGGGUAAUUCUGGGGGCACCGGAACUCCAACUUCAGCUGCUGGAAGUGCCGGCAUUCGGCUAGCUGGUGCGACUGCUGAUGUCCAUUGUUAUGAUGUCCUUUCUAAUAAGUGGACUAGGCUUACACCCUUUGGCGAACCACCAACCCCGAGAGCCGCGCAUGUUGCAACUGCAGUGGGGACCAUGGUAGUUAUUCAGGGUGGAAUUGGUCCUGCUGGAUUAUCAGCUGAAGACCUUCACGUUCUUGAUCUCACUCAACAACGGCCACGAUGGCACAGGGUUGUUGUUCAGGGUCCUGGACCAGGACCACGUUAUGGACAUGUCAUGGCACUUGUGGGACAAAGGUAUCUCAUGGCAAUUGGUGGAAAUGACGGCAAACGUCCACUUGCUGAUGUAUGGGCCUUGGAUACUGCCGCCAAGCCUUAUGAAUGGCGUAAGCUGGAACCAGAAGGGGAAGGUCCACCUCCCUGCAUGUAUGCAACUGCAAGUGCGCGGUCUGAUGGACUUCUUCUCCUCUGUGGUGGAAGGGAUGCAAACAGUGUGCCACUGGCCAGUGCAUAUGGACUUGCUAAGCACAGAGAUGGACGUUGGGAAUGGGCCAUAGCCCCUGGUGUUUCACCAUCUGCCAGAUAUCAGCAUGCAGCAGUCUUUGUAAAUGCAAGACUUCAUGUUUCCGGUGGGGCACUUGGUGGUGGACGCAUGGUUGAAGACUCGUCCAGUGUUGCAGUGUUGGAUACAGCAGCAGGUGUAUGGUGUGAUACGAAAUCAGUUGUUACUAGUCCCAGAACGGGCAGGUACAGUGCUGAUGCAGCUGGUGGUGAUGCUUCUGUUGAGCUGACUAGGCGUUGUAGGCAUGCUGCUGCUGCAGUCGGUGAUUUAAUAUUUAUCUAUGGCGGUUUACGUGGAGGGGUGUUACUCGAUGACCUAUUGGUUGCUGAAGAUCUUGCUGCUGCGGAAACAACAUAUGCUGCCUCUCAUGCUGCUGCAGCUGCGGCAACAAAUUCGCCACCUGGUCGGUUACCUGGUAGGUAUGGUUUUUCAGAUGAAAGGAACAGGGAGCUGUCAGAAUCAGCCGCUGAUGGUGCUGUUGUGCUGGGAAGUCCUGUUGCACCCCCAGUAAAUGGUGAUAUGUAUACUGAUAUAAGCUCUGAAAAUGCAAUACUUCCAGGAACUCGGAGAACUAGCAAGGGUGUGGAGUAUCUCGUUGAAGCAUCGGCAGCAGAAGCUGAGGCAAUCAGUGCUACGUUGGCUGCAGCCAAGGCACGACAGGUCAAUGGUGAAGUUGAACUCCCAGAUAGGGAUUGUGGCGCAGAGGCUACACCUAGUGGUACAUCUUCGCUAAUCAAGCCAGAUUCUAUGGGAGUUACUCUUAAUCCUGCAGGGAUUCGUCUUCAUCAUAGAGCCGUGGUGGUUGCUGCAGAAACUGGUGGCGCCUUAGGUGGAAUGGUUAGACAAUUAUCCAUCGAUCAAUUUGAAAAUGAGGGACGGCGUGUUAGUUAUGGAACACCAGAAAGUGCAACAGCAGCAAGGAAGCUAUUAGAUCGACAAAGGUCAAUCAAUAGUGUUCCAAAGAAGGUUAUAGCUCAUCUUCUGAAGCCUCGUGGGUGGAAGCCUCCAGUUCGACGCCAAUUUUUCUUAGAUUGCAAUGAAAUAGCUGAUCUUUGUGAUAGUGCGGAACGUAUCUUCUCAGGCGAACCAACUGUAUUACAGCUUAAAGCUCCUAUAAAAAUAUUUGGUGAUCUGCAUGGACAGUUUGGGGAUCUUAUGCGCCUUUUUGAUGAAUAUGGUUCUCCAUCUACAGCUGGAGACAUAUCGUACAUCGAUUACCUCUUCUUAGGGGACUAUGUUGAUCGGGGUCAACACAGUCUGGAAACAAUCUCCCUUCUGCUUGCAUUAAAGGUUGAGCACCAGCAUAACGUACACUUAAUUCGGGGCAACCAUGAAGCUGCGGAUAUCAAUGCCCUUUUUGGCUUCCGAAUAGAGUGUAUUGAGCGGAUGGGUGAACGUGAUGGAAUAUGGGUGUGGCACCGAAUAAACCGUUUAUUCAAUUGGCUACCUCUGGCUGCAUCGAUCGAGAAGAAAAUCAUUUGUAUGCAUGGGGGUAUUGGUCGUUCUAUAAAUCAUGUGGAGCAGAUAGAAAAUAUUCAACGUCCAAUUACCAUGGAAGCUGGCUCCAUUGUGCUCAUGGAUUUAUUAUGGUCGGAUCCAACUGAAAAUGACAGUGUCGAAGGUUUAAGGCCAAAUGCUAGAGGCCCUGGAUUGGUUACUUUUGGGCCUGACCGUGUCAUGGAGUUCUGCAACAACAAUGAUCUUCAGUUGAUUGUGCGUGCACACGAAUGCGUGAUGGAUGGAUUUGAGCGUUUUGCUCAGGGGCAUUUGAUAACGCUCUUUUCCGCUACAAACUAUUGUGGUACUGCAAACAAUGCUGGGGCUAUCUUGGUAUUGGGGAGAGAUCUUGUAGUGGUUCCUAAGCUCAUUCAUCCGUUACCUCCAGCAAUGUCACCUGAAAAUUCACCAGACCAUAUAGAAGACACAUGGAUGCAGGAGCUGAACGCAAAUAGGCCAGCGACACCAACAAGAGGACGCCCACAAACUGCAAAUGAGAAAGGAGGUUCUCUAGCUUGGAUAAAAGAUGAGCGAUAG